AUGCAUCUGUUUCAAUGUUUCUUGUUGUAUCUGAGCUUUGCUUAUGCUACACCCGCUCCACUCGACCUAUCAUCUGUCUUUGAAGAUAACUCGAUCCCGAUUGUGGAAUUCUCGAGAUUCAAACUUGGUAACCAUCGCCAAGCAAAGCGUAGCAAGGAGGAGAAAGUACGAUGCUUCGAGGCCAAAAUAGUUGUGGAUGGACGCCAUCUAGGAAACCAGCACAAUUUCGAAUUCCCUGGCGAGUUAUAUGUAUGUCAAAAUCUUCCAACACCCGUUACAACCAACGGCCGCAACGGCUGGGACAUUGCCAUCGCAGUUGGUGAUGCAAGGACCUGGGCGAUCCCUGGGAUGUUCGAUUACGUCUCCAACGGUUGGCUUAAUCCAUACCUCCUCAAUCGUCACGACAGAAAUCCGGUGCUAAAGGACUACGCAUUUGUUACCAGUGGAGAGGGAAAAGGAAUAGAAAUCAAGCCAGAUCCGCACUAUGCUGCAGCCAAUAAGCUUUCGACUUUUCGCAUCAAUACAACACAUGAUGCGGUGUAUGAACCUACUGGUGGAGAAAUACUUCUUACUUGGAAGGGAACGAAGAUCGAGGGGAACAUACAUCUUACCUCAUCCUCUCAUGUCGCUUACAAGGCCAAGAUUAGCGGAGACAUUACGAAGCAGGGGACUAUAACUGUUACGUGUAGGUUCAAGGACCAUGGUGGCAUAAAGCAGGAUAGAGCACACGAGUCGGGUCUUCAAACUACAAGUCGAGGAAGAAAGCGAGACGUAGCAGCCAAAAUGGCAAUUCUACAGUUCAAAAUUGAGCUACUUGAUGAAAACCUCGACAUUGAUGGGAAACACGGUGGCUGGACUGCCCCUGGUUACACGGCCUACUACGGGCAUUUGGACACCGUCCGCGUCCUUCUCCUUCGCGGCGCUGAUAUGGAUAUUCGAAUGGAUGUUGGAUUCGGCGUUCUUCCCGGUGAUUGCAGUGCUAUUAACUGGGCAGUAUGUGGCGGCUACCUCGACGUCGUCAAGAUACUUUUGGACAAAGGAGCCAAGUCGAAUAUCUGCGCGAAGAGACCAGUGUUCCUUGGCACUGGUGGAAUGCCUGCUACUAUGGCGACAGGGAAUGGCCACCUUGAUGUCGUUCGGUAUCUCCUUGAGAAUGGCUGUGAUGACGAUUCCACAAAUGGUAUUCCGGGUUGGGAUGCCUUCAUCAUUGCAUGCGAAAAAGGAAGACUCAGCAUCGUCAAAUACUUUGUCGAGGAAAGGGACAUCAGUGUUGAAAGAAAUGGCAGCAAUGGCGUCACGCCUCUGAUUACUGCAGCUCAGAGUCAGCAGACCGUUGUCAUGAAGUACUUGGUCAAUCACGGGGCGCCCAUAGACGCGGGUGACAAUGAUGGAAGCACGGCGUUGCUUCAUGCGGUGGCUAAGAAGAGAGUUGGCGCGGUAGAGUGGCUGGUGAAACAUGGUGCGGACUUGAGGAAGCAGAAUAAUACAAGAAUGUCGCCGUUGAAGCUGGCAAAGGAGGAGUUGCUGAAGAACCAAGACGACAAGAAUGCGGCGGCUAUGGUCAAGUGGCUUGAGAUCCCGAUAGCCGUUGCAUUCCACACAAAGGCUUAG